AUGCCCGGUCGCCCUGCGUUGCACGAGGUGGUCACAUGGGGUGACCCUGCCUUCGGCGGUGACGCCUCUCUGCGAAGCCGCCUGAGGAGCGUGGAGGACAUCAAGGCUACUUCCUGUGCCUUUGCAGCUGUGUUGGAAGAUUCCUCUGUGGCGGCCUGGGGCCACCCCAACGGCGGCAGCAACAUUUUGGCGCUCCGACGCUCGCGCCUGAGAGUGCAGCUGAUUGAAGCCACCUCUGGGGCUUUUGCCGCAUUGCUGGAGGACGGCUCAGUGCUCGCCUGGGGCGAUCCCGACCAAGGCGGUGAUUGCCGUGCUGUGCGGAAGAAGCUCGUCAACGUGCGGGAGCUUCGGGCCAACUCGGGUGCCUUUGCUGCCCUCCGACGCGAUGGCUGCGUGGUGGCAUGGGGAGAUCACUUUACCGGAGGAGAUCCGUCGCAUGUCAUGGAUGAGCUUCGUGGCGUGAAGCAGAUUCUCGCAGGGAGGUAUUCCUUCGGGGCCCUCCUCGCCGAUGGCCGCCGCAUCGUGUGGCCAAGUCCCAGCCUUGCAGCGGAUCGAGCUGAGUUGGAGAUCCAAUCCAUCAAGCGAUCUCGCGGUGACUCUUUUGCCCCGAUGGUUCCCGAUGCUCGUCCUUUGGGGUAG